UGCAGCGGCUCCCCGUCAUCCUCACGCACUGCUACACUGAGACACAGACACACAAGAUCCGCUGGGAUUCCUCUGAUAAUCAGCAUCACUCCUGCGCUCGGAAUGGAGAUGUUGAAUAAUCGACUAAAAUAAGGAAAAGUCCUCGCAGAGAUCAAGAUGGUGUCGUGGAUCAUUUCGCGGAUGGUGGUCCUGGCCUUCGGGACACUCUACCCAGCCUAUUCCUCUUAUAAGGCUGUGAAGACGAAAAACGUCAAGGAGUAUGUGAAAUGGAUGAUGUACUGGAUAGUGUUUGCGUUAUUUACAACAGCAGAGACGAUCACAGAUAUGCUUCUCUCUUGGUUUCCGUUUUAUUUUGAGCUAAAGAUUGCCUUUGUGAUCUGGUUGUUGUCCCCGUACACCAAAGGCUCCAGUGUGCUGUACCGCAAGUUUGUGCACCCCACGCUCUCCAAUAAAGAAAAGGAAAUUGAUGAGUACAUAACCCAGGCCAAAGACCGCAGUUAUGAGACCAUGAUGCGGUUUGGGAAGAGAGGACUCAAUAUUGCUGCCACUGCAGCAGUUACAGCCGCCACAAAGGGUCAGGGUGUGUUAUCAGAGAAGCUGCGCAGUUUCAGCAUGCAGGAUCUGACUUUGAUUCAGAACGAAGACGAGCUGCUGCUGGACACCACAGACGACACACACACUGCCGCCACGCUACCUCGGGCUAAAACAGUCACACGCACAGUUCGUGCCACACCCAUACCGGCUGACACCGAAUCACAGCACAGCUCUCGCUCUGAUGACCAGUCAGAUUGUAGGACGGAGCAUUCAGAUGAAGAUGCAGCAGAUAAGGCCCCCAAACGCACCCCAAGCGUCAGAGCAGCCAAGAAACCAGCCGCUGCCAAGACAGAGCAGACCACCAAGACAGUGAAGAAACCGGCAAAGAAGAAAACCACCACCACCACCACCACCACCACGGCCAACAACAAUGCUGAAUUACCAUGAGUCACACUGCGUUUAUCCAUCCCUGGACAACACGCACACAUUCACGUGCUUUCCCAUACUAACAUUAGUGCUCUUCGCUUUUACAGAUACGUUCUUACAACUGCAGAUACACAUAAACUAAGAUGCAUCGCCUGAGGCUGUUUUUAUCUAGUAGGUUUAUUGCGGUGAAGAAGUUAAGACGUCUGGCUUCAUGCAUUAAUUUUCUCUGUUAUCACUUCCGUGCUUGUGUUUCUUGUCUUUUUCUCUGUAGGCCUUAAUAUGUUCAAAAGCAUGAGAUCAGAAAGCAGUGCCUGCACAUGAUCAUAUAUCAACACAUCUGAGCCCACUGUUUCUUAUAACCACAGAAUCCAUACCAGAGCUUCAUGUUUUCCAUUAUAGAGGCCAAUUCUCCUUUUUUUAGCAUGUAGGACACACACUAUGGGACGAACAAGAAUCGGGAACAGAAAAGUCGGGCUAUUAAAUGAAUAGACUUGAUAUACAGCGUCCGUGGAGAGUUCUGGAGGUGCCCAGAGCGAUUCCGUUCUCAUUCAAGGUCACCAAACAUCUCAAGCCCAAGAUUUGUUGUGAAUAUUCAUGAUCAAAGAGGUCAGAUGUCUACUGGAAGCUGCAGGCACUCAAACGCUCUCGCCGUUAAUAGGGCUUUUGUCAGCUGGGGCUGGAGGCGUUCGGCGCACAUAAGCUGUCCCUUGUGCUAAUUUUACAUUUGUGUAGCGUGAUGUUACACAUUUUGCUCAUUAUAAGAGAUUUAUACAAGCGGUAGAUGAGCUGGCAGGUGUCAUCUGGUGUUUUGGUAGGGCGCAAGAUGAAAACAGAAUCACAUGUUGGCCAGUAAAGGACAAGAUCCCUCUGUCUUGAGUAAUCGGUUUCUAAAGACUGAAGUUUAUAGUCGGUUCUUGGCUUUCUGUUGUUGUGGCUUGCUUAGUGAACUCAAAUAUUCCAUAUCAGUUUGUAAUAAAGUAUUGAACAGACUCGGUUAGCGCAACGCAAAGCAUCCACUGAGAGUUGGCAGAUGAUUCAUUGUGGCGAAAUGGUGAACCCUUGUUGAAAAUCAUCUUAAAAGGUGCUUUUGGAAAAUAUGCUGGCUUAAAACCCUCUGGUCCUUUUUUAAAACACUUUUCUUUCUUUUUUUAAAUUGGAUCCUGUGAACAAAGUUCAUUUGAAACUGCAUGUAGUUCUAAAUCCAGAUGUGGGCAGUUGUGUUUUCCAGCACAGCUGUUCGGAGUUGAAGAAUCUCCUGAUCUUAACUUCAACUGCAGUUUGAAGUACUGUGUUUUGCAUUACGACAUGCAAUACUACUGAGAGCUGUUAGGGGACGCUGCUGUACAGGAAAAGAGCACAGUGCUCUUCCUGACAGAUUGAAUGAUUACACAUGGAUGGGGAGCUGUUUUGAAUUAUAAUGUAUUUAAAUCAGUCUGUUAAUUAGCUGAAAUUUUCCUGAAACAUGUUCAUUUGUAUAAUACUAUUGACUGUACAAAAUGUCUGCCUUAAUUUAAUAGGCUUUUUAGGUUAAACAUUUAUUUUUGAAGUUUACAUUGAGUUUGUCACUUCAGUAGGGUACGAUGUACAGAAACUUUUUUUUUUUUUUUUUGUAAAAGUGCUGUUUGUUUUGUGCGUAUUUGUGAUGUUUUAAUUCACGAGUUUCUGUCUUCUCUCUGCCUUUUUUUUUUUUUUUUUGCAUAAACUAGUCAUAGGCUAUUUGGUCUUGGAAAGAAAAGUGGACAGUUGCUUGUGAGAAGGACUGAUUAUCAUUUUACAGUUCAUUUUAACAGUGCAGAACAUAUGUCAGUCUUACAUUUAGUAGUUAUUAGCAGAUAGAUGUUUCUGUAGAAACACACGGUUUAGAAAUAACAUGCGGUGAACAUGCAGGUCUGUCGUCAUGACACAUUGCUGUCUUAACUAUCAUGAUCUUUAAUUCAGUGUUGCUGAUUGGCAACUUGACAUUUUCUGUGUCUCAGUCUCUUGAGUAAUUCAGUUUUUAAAAAGAAUCUUUAUUUGAGAUCUUUUUUUCUUUUAAUUAAAUGCUAGUGUGGUUGAUGUUCACCAACCCACACAAAAAAUGACAAGUCAGACUCACUUCUCAUUCUUUCUUUGUUCCAUACUGUUUUUCGCUUCUUUACCCCCUUUGUUCAGUAUUUCUUUUUUGCAUAAAUAAAAAUGACAGUAACAUUCACCAAGGCACACAGAGUGAGACAUGACAAAUUGAACAUUUUUUUUUUCUUUUAUAUUUUCUGUAAUGUGUUGCAAAUUGGUAUUAUUGCAUAUAAAGAUUUGAACUGUGAGAGAGUAGUCAACAUCAAUAUAUUGUUUGUGCCAAUUCUCAAUGCUCUUAAUAUAUUAAAAGAAUGAAAAAGAGAAAUUGCUGCUAAAUGUGUACUAACUGACCUUGAAUUAUUAUUCAAUAAAAUGCAAUUACA